AUGGCGUCAAACAUCCUCCUCAUCCCUCUCCGCCGCAGCCACCCCAUCUCCCUCUCCACGGCCAUGAAGCAGUAUAUCUCGAACAAAUACGACCAACGGCCCGAGAUGUUCGCUGAGGACCUGCUGAUUAUCGAAAGGCUGCGCAUGGAUGCGAUAAACGUCCAGGAACCACAUAUUAGUGGCAUCAGCCGGCUAGUGACAUACGCAGCGCAGUUGAAAUACCAGUACAAGGCGCUUCGUGCUAACAUCCGCAAACCAACCCCAAUAAUAGUCUCCCAAAACAAUCUCCGCUUCGAGCUUGCGAAUAUCCUCUUCAACCUCGCAGCUCUCUACUCCCAGCUCGCUGCCUCCCUAAACAGCACAAACCCUGACAACCUGAAAACCGCCUGUAAAUACCUCUGCCACGCCGCCGGCGUCCUCGUCCACCUCCGCACAGAUAUCCUGCCAGAUCUCCGCUCCUCCCGGCCAGAGGAUAUGGACGAAAUGACCCUGCGCAGCCUCGAAGAGCUUCUCCUUGCUCAAGCACAGGAAUGCUUCUGGCAAAAGGCCGUCAAAGAUGGGCUGAAAGACGCUUCCAUAGCCCGCCUGGCGGCGAAGGUAUCGGACCUCUAUGCCGAAGCGGGCGAUUGCGGUGUCAAAUCCGACGCUAUCAGCACCGAGUGGAUCCACCACAUGACGGCUAAACACCACCAUUUCGCUGCUGCGGCGCAAUAUAGACAGUCGCGUGAUUGUCUGGAGAAGCAGAAGUAUGGCGAGGAGGUUGCGCGGUUGCGCGACAGCGUGGCGUGCGUGAAUGAGGCGCUGAAGGAGAGCAAGUGGAUUAGUCGGGUGGUGCUAGGGGAUUUGAAUGGGCUGAAAGCGCGGGUGACGGAGGAUCUGAAGCGGGCGGAACGUGAUAAUGAUAAAAUAUAUUUGAUCCCUGUGCCGCCCAAGUCGGAGCUGAAGCUGCUGGAUCGCGCAAACAUGGCCACUGCGAAGGCGCCGGUGGAGGUGACGGAUGCGCUGUCCAUGAUUGGGGAAGGGUUGCCGUUGGGGAAGCCGCUGUUCGCCAAGUUGGUGCCGUAUGCGGUGCAUGUUGCGGCGAGUAUUUAUGUGGAGAGGCGGGAUAGGCUUGUGCAGCAGGAGAUCGUGGGUGGGGUGGAGGAGAUGACCGCUCAUCUUAAGGAGUUGCUCCAAUCUCUCAACCUCCCAGGCUCGCUGCAGGCUCUCGAAAAACCCCUAGGUCUGCCGCCAUCGCUUCUCUCGCACGCCGAGGAGAUACGCCAGCAGGACGGCUUCAACCGGCUUCGGCUCUCGCUGAAGGACACCGCAAAGCUCAAAGCAAACGACAAGGCCAUCUUCACCGAGGGCGUCGAGCUGCUCAUGGCUGAACGUGACGAAGACGACCGCGCCCGUGCGAGAUACGGCACGGAUCGGUGGACGCGCGAGCCGUCCGAAGUCGCUGGCAAGAAACUGUACACGCAAGCGGAGGAGAUCGAGGGCUACCUGGCCUCUGCAGAGAACAGUGAUAAGCUCGUUGAGGAGAAGUUGCGGGACACGGAGAAGGUGUUGCGGGUUCUCACGGGAACAAAUCGGGAUAUCGAGGCGUUUGUGCCGAGUAGUCGGAAGGCGAAUAUGACGGAGGCGGUUGAGAGGGAGGCAGGGAGGCUGAGGGGCUGUUUGAAUGAGGUGGGCAGGUUGGAAAGUCGGAGGAGGAGGAGGAUCGAGGCUUUGAGGGAGAAAGCCAGGGGUGAUAGUAUUCAUGCCGCCCUCCUCAAGGAAGCCGGUCGCCUCGAACGUGAAUUCCCAAUGCAGCGAAUCGAGGCUAGCCAAUUCGAGGACCUUUUCGCAGAGCGUUUGAAGCAGUACGACGGGGAUCGUAAAAUGCUCCUGGAAGAGGAGCAGAAAGCCCAGUUGGCGAUUGUGGAGCAGUUGCGGGACGCGAAUCGGAACUUCGUCAAUGUGCGCCGUGGGGAUUCGUCGACGAAGGAGCGCGAGAAGGCGCUGCAGGAGCUGGAGAAUGGGUAUGUGCGGUACAAGGAGAUUAUUGGAAACGUGGAGGUUGGGCGGAAGUUUUAUAACGAUUUGGCAAAGUUGGUGCGGAGGUUUCGCGAGGAUUGUAUGGGAUUUGUUAGUGGGAGGAGGGUGGAGGCGGGGGAGCUGGAGACGGACAUUACGAAUACCAGUGCGAUGGCUUCGCUCAGCAUAUCGCAGAAUCAAAAGCAGGAACAAAAUCCAUUCCCGCCACCUCCUGCGUCUACAAUUUUAUCGCCAACAGCCGUAGCGGCAGCGAAUGCAGCCAUCCACCACCACCAGCAGCAACACCAACACCAGCCAUUCCACGGCUGUCAGCCUCAUCAUCCCCCGCGCCAAAAAUCCCCCCUGAAAUCCACCCGCUCACCUAUAUCCGGCCAUACCCCUUUCACCCCAUCAACCACCACAUCCUCAUCGCCAGUAGCAGCCUCCGCCGCUGCUGCCGCUACAACAACAGCAACAACAGCAACAACAACGUCACAACCUCAACCUCAACCUCAACCUCAACCCCAACCACCAACCAAAGAAAGCCCCCUCACCGCCCCACAACCAACCCGCACCUCCAUAAUCCCACCACCAAUCACCAUGCCCCUCCCCACUAUGCCCACAGGAGGCAUGUGGUCGCCGGAGAUGGGGAUUAAGUUUGGAUCCUCCGCACCGGCACCGGCACCGGCUUCACAGAUACCGAUGAAUGGGCCGGACCAAACCGAGCAGCAGACGCAGGCUCAGGCUCAGAUGGUGUCUCCGAUGCCAAUGCCGAUGUCGACGUGGGACCCGAGUCGAGGGGUUAGGUUUUCGUAG